AAGUAAGAUUGUUGAUAAUAAAGUAUCAAAAUGUUGGUAUUGUUGAUAUUUUCCUUUUUAUCAUUUAUAACUUGUGGGCAAGCAAAAGUGUCUUGUAGUUUAGUACAAUGUCAUAAACCGUUAUGCAAAUCAGGUAUUUUGAUAAAAGAUCCAAGUGGUUGUUGCAAAAUCUGUGAAAAAAUACAAAAAGGAGAUGUGUGUGGAGGAUCAAACAAGCGUGUUUGUGAUGACCAUCUGUUUUGUAUGAUGAGCAAUACCUAUUUAAAACAAGGAAUAUGUGAACCUACUAAAAUUGACUGCAAAAGUAAAUUGGAUCCUGGACCAUGCUUUGCUUAUUUAAAAAAAUGGUUUUACAAUCAUGUUACAAAAAAGUGUCAACAGUUUGUUUACGGUGGAUGUCGUGGAAACAACAAUAGAUAUGACAGUAAAGAUGCUUGUGAUAAGUCAUGUGUCAAGUCUACCUAGACAAGUUUCAACUACUUUUUGUCACUAAAAAUAUUUUUACAAUUCUUUAUUGAAAAAGUUUAUAUUAAAACAAUAUGCAAUUUGUAAUUAAUUUAAAAAUUGAAAAAGUU